AUGAGCAAUCUGCGGAAGAAAGUGAAGUUCUCACACGGCGGCGAUGAAGAAGGAGGAGGAGAAAAGAAGAGCAACAUGAACGUUGUCUCUUCUUCAUCUCUUAAACCAGAGACAUCGGAAAACUCAGAACAUUAUAAAAUUUUGUCAAAUUUUAAAGUGCUGACAGGGGAAAAACAUCGUGAUAAAUGGUUAGAAAGGCUGCUUCAAGCUAUUCAGUUUAUAUGUAACCUCCAUGACCAUUCAGAAACCACUGAUACUGAGAAAAAACAUACAAGUUUUUUACAGAAAGAGGAAAUAGGAAUGUUUCCAUGGCCUGAUGCUGUUGUUCCUGCUGUCGUUGCUCUUGAGAAGAUUGCACAUGACACCCUUUCUUCUGAUUUUCACAAGUAUAACCAGAAGAUGAGGCAACUUUUUUUCAAUCUAAAGAAAUACACUUUUCUAGCCCAACGUUUCUUAAUGGGAGAACUGGAGCCGUCACAGUUAUUGAACAUGUCUCCGAAUGAGUUAAAGGAGGGUGUCACAGCCGAAAAAUAUGCUAAGGAACAGACUGAAGAACCAAACAGGUUUCAGAUGACUGAAGCUAGUUGUGGGAGAUGCAUGGAGAAAAGAGUUGGUGUAAUAGACAUAAUCCAGAGUGGACGUGGCCAACGUUAUCAGGCAUGACAUUUUUCCAUUAAGAAA